AUGGCAAGUGCAUCAUUAUUUAUAUUAGCUGUUAUUGCAAACUGUAUUAAUCUUUUUGGACAAGUCCAUUUUACCAUUCUAUACGCUGAUCUGGAAGCUGAUUAUAUUAAUCCUAUUGAAUUAUGCUCCAAGGUUAAUCAACUAGUUGUUCCAGAAGCUGCUCUACAUGCUAUUUUAUCUUUAUUAUUUUUAUUGAAUGGUUACUGGUUUGUUUUCUUAUUAAACUUACCAAUUUUAGCUUACAAUGUCAAUAAGAUUUAUAACAAAGUUCAAUUAUUAGAUGCCACUGAAAUCUUCAGAACUUUAGGGAAGCACAAGAGGGAGAGUUUCAUGAAAUUAGGAUUCCAUUUAUUAAUGUUCUUUUUCUACUUAUACAGAAUGAUCAUGGCUUUGAUUGAAAGUUCAUCAAGCGAUUACUAA